CUAGCCCGUGAAAUCGUAGAGCUCCACUUUAACGAGGGCUACAUCGUUGGGCUGACCGCAACAAAAGAAGCAGGACAAGCCCUCCAAGUCCCUUGCAACUUUUCCUGCUCCUGUUCCUUGUCAUCAAAAAAAAAAUGCUGGAAUUCUGGGUUUACAUUCAGUUUGCCUAAGAGUUUAAUCCAUCUGGGUUUUCUCCGUGUAUGCUGAUUCACAAAACCAAGCUCGUUGAGGCCCUCUUCAGACCUUCUCAUGCUCUCUUGCCUUCUUCCAUGCUUUCCUCUCAUUCUCUUUCAUCUCCAGCUGGAGGAACUAACUCAGACACUGUAAAAAGCACUAUAUAUCAAAUAUCCCAUUUAAUUAACCAACCUAACUGGGAACGCAACAAGUACUUGAAGUCACUGGUUUCUCAUUUAACUCCUGAUGUUGCGUCCAAGGUUAUAGAGCUUCAGGGUGACGAUGUUGAACGCGGAGUCCGGUUUUUCAAGUGGGUCUGCAAGCAAUCCACUUACUGUUAUCAUUUGGAGAGCAGGAUUACUCUGUUGAAUUUAUUGGUGUCUUCUAAUUUAUUUGCUAUUGCACAGAAGGCCAUUAUUGCGACGAUUAAGGAUUGUUGUAGUGGUGAAGAGGAGAUUGUGAAGUUAAUGGACGCACUGGAUGAUAUCCGUAAGUUGGGGUUUAGACUCGGUUACCCUUGUUACAGUACUCUUUUGAUGUCUUUAGCUAAGCUGAGUAUGGGUCUCAAAGCAUUCUCAAUUUACUCGAGGAUGUUGGUUGAUGGGUUUGUUCCUGAUCUUAUCAUCUAUAAGAACGUGAUAAAUGCUCUUUGCAAGAAUGGUCUUAUGAGAGCUGCUGAAAUGUUCUUUUCCAGGGUUUUAAGACUUGGGUUCGACUUGGAUACUCAUGUUUAUACUUCACUGGUAUUGGGCUAUUGUAGGUUGACUGAUCUCAGUGAGGCAUUCCGGGUGUUUGAGUUAAUGUCUGAUGAAGAAGGUUGUAGACCCAAUUCUGUUACAUACUCCGUAUUGAUACACGGUCUGUGUGAAGCAGGUAGGCUAGCAGAGGCCUUCCAGAUGCAGCAAGAAAUGAUCAAGAAAGGCUGUGAACCGAGUACCCACACAUACACUGUCCUUAUCAAGGCAUUGUGUGAUUCUCGCUCAACUGAUAAGGCUUUGAGCUUGCUUAAUGAAAUGGUAGGGAAGGGAUGUAAACCAAAUGUUCACACUUAUACCAUAUUGAUAGAUAAGUUAUGUAGGGAAGGCAGACUUGAGGUGGCCGAUAACAUGUUUAAAAAGAUGYUUGAUGAUGGCCUUUUUCCGACUGUAAUAACCUUCAAUGCAUUAAUUAAUGGUUAUUGCAAAGAAGGGUUUGUCGUUUCUGCUUUUGAGCUUCUCAGUAUGAUGGAGAAAAGAAAUUGUAGGCCUAAUAUGCGGACUUACAAUGAACUCAUUGAAGGAUUGUGCAGAGUUAAUAUGUCCUAUAAAGCAACCUUGCUAUUAAGAAGGAUAAUCAAUAAUGGGUUAUGGCCCAAUUUAAUUACCUAUAACAUUUUGGUUGAUGGAUUUUGUAAAGAAGGUAAUUUCGACAUGGCAUUCAAUGUAUUUAAUUCAAUGAGCUCAAUUGGCCUUGAAGCUGACAGUUUUACUUUCACUACCCUUAUCAAUGGGUUCUGCAAACAUGGGAAACUGGAGAAAGCAAAUGGGCUUCUGUGUGAAAUGCUGAAGAAGGGGAUUUCUCCUGAUGAAGUCACAUAUACUGCUUUAAUAGAUGCAUACUGUAAGAUUAGUGACAUUGGAAGUGCAUUUGCCAUUUUUGAGAGGAUGACUGAGCAUGGAUGCCCACCAACUUAUCACACAUUCAAUUCAUUUAUUGAUGCUCUGGGCAAAGAAAAUAAGCAGCUCGAGGAACAUGCAAUGUUUGGUAAGAUGCUAAAGUAUGGCAUAGUUCCUACUGUAGUCACUUACACAAUUGUAGUUGAUGGGCUUUGUCGAGCAGGAAAUAUUACCUCUUCCCUCAAUGUAUUGGAAACGAUGAAGCAAGCCGGUUGUCCUCCAAAUGUCUACACUUAUACUGUUUUGAUUUCUGGUCUCUGCCAAAAUGGAAGAGUGGAGGAAGCUGAAAAUCUUCUCCUUAGUAUGUCUAGUUUGGGAGUUGAUCCAAACCAUGUGACAUAUACUGUCUUAGUCAAAGCACAUGUUAAGGCUGGGAAAUUGGACCGUGCCUUUGACAUUGUAAGUAUCAUGUUUAAAGAUGGUUGUAGGCCCAGCUGUCGUAUCUAUCAUGCACUCUUGAAGGGGUUGCUUUUGUCAAGCAAUCGUAUUAGAGAAGAAGUAAUUCCUACCAAUGAUUUGGGUAGUAGAGCAUUACCGUUGGAGGAGAAUGGUGGCCAAUGUUUCUCUGAUGAUGUUUUUAGGGAAGUAGACAUAGAUCAUGCUUUCAAGCUUAGAGAUAGGCUUGAGAAGUGUUGUGGGAUUACCUCAGAUAUGUAUAAUCUGUUAAUAAUGGGUCUGUGCAAGGAAGGAAGAAUUUUGGAAGCAGAUAGUUUAAUCCAAGACAUGGUAAAACGAGGCCUAUUUCCCAACAAGGCCGUUUGUUCAUCUCUUAUUGAACAUUACUGCAGGUACCACAGAUUUGACCAUUGCCUUGAGUUCCUAAAUCUAAUGCUUGACAAUGGUUCCAUUCCAUCUGUCUCAUCAUACUAUUCUCUGAUUCAUGGACUUCGUAAUGAAGGUAAGGUCCAAGAAGUACAAAAACUGGUCUCUGACCUCUUAAAAUAUAAUGGUGUUGAAGUUGAAACUGGCCUCUCACCAUACAUAGAGUUCCUGCUCGAGAAGGAUGAGCCCAAUGAUCUUGAGAUUUUAAGAAAAAUUGAACUAGUGCACAAUAAUGAAAGGCCAAUUAUCUAGUUCCUACUCUUUUGCCUGGUUUCAAUAAUCUUGGAUGUUACAGGAUACUUUUGGCUUUAUCCUGUGAAGAUGAAUUGUUUAGAAAGUAUGCAGCAAAGCACUUGGUGUCAAUGCCAAGCAACCAUGAAGCUUCCAAAUUUUUUAUCAAAAUGGGUCAUGAACUGUGAUUUGUGUCUUCACAAGCUCAAGAAAUGCUCAUUUUAUACUGUUUUUGGACUACAAGACAUUCAAGAAGUACUCCGCUGCUUGACCAUAUUUGCAGGAGUAGGAGACUCCAUAAGAGCAAAGUUCCAGGUAGUGUUACAAUGGACUGGUUUUGGGUUGGACCCCAUCCAAUCCGAAGGUGUUAUUGACGAAACGGACGGUCCAAAUAGUUUCAUGGACUCGGACAGUCCAAAUUUAAGUGGUCCAUAUAUAAUGCACACCGAAUUUGGACAAAACCUCUGAAUCAAAAGGUUCGGUUCCCUUUCGUUCGAACUUUGAAGUUCUUCAAAAAAAUUGUUCGAAGACCUAGCGCUCCAUGCCUCCACCGUUCCCUCUGGCGAUUGAACGAAGAACUGAAGAAGGUUUCUCUCCAGCGGUAUUCCUCGAAUUCAAUGCGAAUAGUGACGGUGGUCUUCGUUCCAUCAUUCUAGUGUUAUCCGACGACCAGCGGCACUCCCCAGUCUCUCCUGUGAUUAUCUAUCUCACCUCUCUCUCUAUAUAUAUAUAUAUCCAGCGGUAGACUCCUUGCUCAUUCAGGUAGAUCCUGUAAAAUCUGGGAGGAUUCGAGUUGAUGGACUUAUUGCUUCAGUUUCAUAUGUAAUCCAAUCCUCACAGAAGACCGAAUCAUUUUCAAUAAAGGAUAUAUGAGAAUUUCUGUGAACUGUAUUGCAUUUAUUCAAUGGUUUUCUGACAAAAGGCAACUCUCCAUUCUUUAUUUUAUCAGCUUUGCCUGUGAUGCCUUAGAUGAUUGGUUUACCAACAAAUUUAAUCAAGGAAGCUAUAGUUGAACAAAUUCUGUCAGCAUCAAAAUAUCAUCGUAGAGGGGUUUGUUUACCCCUCUGUAGCAAGGGCUUCUUUUGCAAUUUUCACUUGCAAAUUAUAACUGAUUGUUUUCCUUAUAUUAAUAAAAUUUUCAUGUUAUCCAUAAAAAAAGGAAGUUGGUUGGAUUUGUAAGGUGAAAAGAUCAACUACAAAGAUAAAUGGUAUUACAAUAGUUAUUGUAGCGUUUUAGUUUCUUCUCUUGUUCAUAAGAAGCAUAACUUGAAAACUGAGAUGCUAGGGAAGUAGGGAUUGGCAACAUUAUGUAACUAAAAAAAAUAUUUGCUGGACUCGAGAUAAGGAUG